AUGCCGAGGCCAGCGAGCAAGAGGAAGGCUACAUUGGAAGCAGCGGAUUACUCAGAUGAAGGGGAUGACAUUUACGACCCACCAGACGACGGGGAAGCGGCGAGGGAACAGAGGAGCAAAUCCAAAAGUGAGGCGGACGCCAACCUACGCGAGGUAGAAGAAUCCAAAGCCAAGAAGCGCAACCGACCCGUGCGAUCCAAAGCGAGGAGAAUUGCUGCUAACGUGAGGGAGAGGAAGCGAAUACUGGACUAUAACCAAGCCUUCAACGCCUUGCGAUUGAGCUUGAAGCAUGACCUGAAUGGCAAGAGGUUGUCCAAGAUCGCCACUCUAAGGAGGGCCAUCAAUAAGAUCUCCACUCUGUCCAUGCUUCUGCAUUCGUCUCCUUCGGCCGCUCAGAGAUGGACCUGCAGCCACGCCGAGUGCCAACGCUUAGCGGAGGAGACAAGGCUCGGUGACCAUGGUCAGGCCUACCAGAUCCCAAUGGAGAGCUGCUCCCUGCCCACACAGGCGCCCUAUGGUGACUCCAAUCACCUGGCCGCCUGCUCGUCGCCUCACUAUCCCAAAUGCGCAGCCGAGAGUCCCUUCUACUUCCAGCAGCCUUCGAAUAGCAGCUCGAAGGACGAGCCUUUGAUGGCCAGCCCGCAGUACUACUCAAGUGGGAACUGCCAGCUCGGUGUGAGGACAGUUUACCAUCAAAACCACGUGGAGACCUUUGUGGACUCCUCGCUACCAUUGGCUUGGCAAUUCAAUUACUUCCCGGGAACUAACUACCAACAGACCCUCCCAAUGCAUUGA